AUGGCUAUGUAUCCUUCCAAGGACUUGCUCAGAGCCAAGUAUGUUGGGAAGAAUCUCUUCCAGGUGGCGACGCCAUCUGUCGUCCUGGACUUGGCAAAGCUAGAGGCCAAUUGCAAUCUGAUGCUUGAGGCUGCCGAUAGACUUGACCUCAGCUGGCGGGCUCACAUCAAGACUCACAAGACCGCCGAACUUACACGCCUGCAAGUUGGAGAUCGCAGCACAGCCCCAGUCAAUAUAGUCGUCUCAACUCUCGCUGAAGCGGAGAAUGUCCUACCACUGCUGAAGGAGUAUCAAGGGCGCGGCCGCCAAGUCAACCUUCUCUUUGCCUUUCCUAUUUACACCUCAUCCGUAGAUCGCCUGGCAGCUAUAUCCGCACAACUAGGGCCCAACGGCCUGACUGUCAUGGUGGAUCACACUGAGCAAAUCAAGCAUUUGACUUCUCUAGCGUCCAAAUCAGGCAGUCCGCCACAGGUCUUUCUGAAGAUUGACGUUGGCAGUCACCGAGCUGGAGUGAUUCCUGGCUCGCCAGAUUGCUCUCGCUUGGUCGAUCAGUUACUCGUCUCGGAAGCUGUAGGUUCUUGCCUGUUUGUGGGCAUCUACGCUCAUGCCAACCACUCUUACGAAGCUCGCAAGGACUGGGAAGCCCUAAACUUUCUCGGCAUCGAGUUCAGCUCGCUUCAGACGGUUGCUCGGGCGGUUCGCAAGGAGAGGCCAAACCAUCCGCUGGUGCUAUCUGUAGGAGCAACACCGACGGCGACCUCAUUGCAACAUCCAUCAUUCAGUGACGAUGCCGAGAUCGCCUCGAAUCUGGACGGACAGGAACUGACCAGCCAUAUGUCGGCGCUGAUCAAGGAGCUCAAGAAGGAGAACUUCACUCUCGAGAUCCACGCUGGCGUGUAUCCCACGCUCGAUCUUCAACAACUCGCCGCGCACUCUCGUGACUCCAAAUUCUUAAACUCGGCUGCUAUUGCCAUCUCCGUUCUGACAGAAGUAUGCAGUCUGUAUGCUGGCCGUGGUCCGAAUGGUACGACAGAAGCCUUGAUCAAUGCAGGUACUCUGGCUUUAGCCAGGGAGCCAUGCGCAGACAAGGGCAACCCCCCAGGACAGCAUUACGGGAACUGGGGUAUUGUUACGCCGUGGAACUGCGAAAGACAGGUGGUUCCAGGUCCCGAAUUCCCAGCCAAGCACGGAGGAUGGCAAGUAGCCAGAGUUACCCAGGAGCAUGGAAUACUACAAUGGGUUGGUCCCAAGACAGACGAUUCUCAGCUAUAUGUCGGUCAGAGACUACGAGUCUGGCCGAACCACGCAUGCAUCACGAGUGCCGGACACUCAUGGUAUUUGGUAGUAGACAGCCGCAAUCGGGGCCGUGAGGAUGAGAUUAUUGAUGUCUGGCCUAGGUGGAAUGGAUGGUGA